AUGGCACUGGCUCUGAGGCUGCUUCUUGCAUUUCUGGUGAUCGGAUCCUGCAUCGCUGCUGACAACAUCGACUUGUGGCCGAUGCCACAGUCGGUGUCCCAUGGAACACAGAAGCUCUACAUCAAGAAAGAUAUCACAAUGUCAAUGGUGGGAAGCACGUAUUCUGAUGAGAAAUCAAUCUUGAAGGACGCCUUCCAGAGGAUGGUUGAUUUGAUCACACUGAACCAUGUCGUUGAUGGAAUAAACCCAAGUUCUUCGGUUCUCACUUGUGUUAAUAUAGUUGUCCAUACACCUGAAGAUGAGCUUAGCUUUGGGGCAGAUGAGUCAUAUAACUUAACUGUUCCAACAACAGGAGAUCCACUGUAUGCACAGAUCGAGGCUCAAACAGUUUUUGGAGCACUUCAAGCCUUGCAGACCCAGAUUUCCUUACCGGGGAUUGCUUAUUGGUUAGAACCAGCAUUUCCACCUUUUACACAUAUCAAAUGUCAACAAUGUGGACGUCCUCUUACUUGCAGAUACCGCAUGAGACACUACCUCCCUGUUAAGAUAAUCAAAGGAGUGAUUGAUGCAAUGGCUUACAGCAAAUUGAAUGUUCUCCACUGGCAUAUCGUGGACGAGCAGUCAUUUCCCAUUGAAAUACCUUCAUACCCCAAAUUGUGGAACGGUUCAUACUCUUAUUCAGAGAGAUAUACAAUGUCUGAUGCUAUUGACAUUGUACGGUAUGCUGAAAAGCGAGGUGUAAAUGUGUUGGCUGAGAUUGAUGUUCCUGGCCAUGCCCGCUCAUGGGGUGUCGGCUACCCAUCAUUAUGGCCCUCAGAAAGCUGCAGAGAACCACUUGAUGUCAGUAAAAACUUUACAUUUGAAGUCAUCGAUGGCAUUCUUUCAGAUUUUAGCAAGAUUUUUAAGUUCAAAUUUGUCCACUUAGGCGGUGAUGAAGUCAAUACAAGCUGCUGGACCACAACACCCCAUAUUGAAGGAUGGUUGAAAAAUAACCAUAUGAACGUAUCAGACGCAUACAGAGAUUUUGUAUUAAGAUCUCAAAAGAUAGCGAUAUCACAUGGCUACGACAUCAUAAACUGGGAAGAGACAUUUAACAGUUUUGGAGACAAAUUGGACCCAAAAACCGUGGUGCAUAACUGGCUUGGAGAAGAUGUAGCACCCAAAGUGGUUGCUGCAGGGCAUAGGUGUAUAGUAAGCAACCAGGAUAAGUGGUACCUGGAUCACUUGGAUGCCUCAUGGGAAGGAUUUUACAUGAAUGAGCCCCUAAAAGGUAUCAAUGAUACAAAGCAGCAGCAAUUGGUCAUUGGUGGUGAGGUUUGCAUGUGGGGUGAGGAAAUUGAUGCCUCAGACAUUCAGCAAACAAUUUGGCCACGUGCUGCAGCAGCUGCAGAAGCAGAGUUUACAAGCAACCUUGUAAUCUAUGGUAGUAUGAAAUUUGUAUGCCACUCACAAAUACUCAUCUGCCAUGCCAAGGAAUGCAUGGUUGCACUGCCAUCUGUAUGA